AUGUCAGUGGUAAGCCCGUCAUUAGACAGAAAGAUUUACGUGAGAAGUGUUGGACACGUCAUAGUUUAUGAUCCGAGAGAUGGUAAAUGUGAGAAGACUGAGAUACCAAAAGAACCAUACAGCCGAGACGUGUGUGUGGUAGACAAUGUGCUCUACAUUUAUUGCAUUGGUGUUGGGUUAAUGUGGUACAACUCCAAGGAGAAGGAAUGGAGAGUUGUUAAUGGUAUAUCUACGCUUUUGUGGUUUCCUAACUUCAGACUUAAAGUCGCAUUGGCUGAAUACAAUGGAAACUUGGCGGUCUUGCAGCAACUUUCGUUGAAAAAAAGUGAGACGAUUGUUUGGUGUGUAAUGAUUGCGUUGGAGAGAAAUGGAGAAGAAAUUACGGGGAAGGUUGCGUGGUUUGAACGCUUACUGUCCAUCACUGAUGACUACAAGAUUAUGCAUUGUUUAGCCCGUACGGAUUCAUAA